ACCAGUUAGGACUCAAGUCUCAACUGCUGAGAGUAUCCUAACAACGGACAACUGCUGGUGCAUGCUCAUCAGUAGACUGGAUUUAAGUCACCACCAUUAAUUUAGGGACAUUUACGCGCAGCGCUGGAGAGAGCAGCCGGCGAGACGGUCGAGGUUUUAGAGCGACUGGCCUCUGGAUGCCUCCACAUGACUCGCACGAGGGAGUGAGGAAGUACCUGCGCUCUUUUUGUGAAGCAUGACAUUAAGUUUUUCGCGUUUUUCCAUCGAAGACAUCCUCACCGGACGGGAUGCCCGCGGGAGGCCCGGCCCCGCGAAUGCAGAGCGCGACCCGUGCUUCAGUUCCGAGACCCUCAUCCUCCCGGAGAAACCUGCUCCUUGUUUAGGUGUGUCUUCUGGGAACACCCGAGCCGAAACCUGCAAGCUGGAGGCUGAGCCCGGAGAAGCUAUUGUGGACUCCAACCCAGAGCCUCGUGUACAACAGGGGGGAGAGCAGGUGGAUGCAGGGGGGGAAGGACACCACCACCACCACCACCGAGGAGAGACGACCAGCAUUUCACCGGAGGAACGCCAGCGCGCACCGGGAACCAAGAAGCGCUCCAGAGCGGCUUUCUCCCACGCGCAAGUGCACGAGCUGGAGCGCCGCUUCAGCGGCCAGAGAUACCUGUCCGGGCCCGAGCGGGCCGACCUGGCGGGGGCCCUGAAGCUCACGGAGACCCAGGUCAAAAUCUGGUUCCAGAACCGGAGAUACAAGACGAAACGGCGGCGGAUGGCGGACGUGGGGGUGAGCGCUCUGGGCGCAGCAAAGACGGUGGCGGUGAAGGUGCUGGUGAGGGACGACGGACAGCAACACCUGGCCGAGGCCGCGCCGCUGUACCAGCAGUAUCAGUGCUGGCCUCACCUGCACUGCUGCUGCCAGCCCUGCAGCGGGGACUUUGGCUCUCUUAUGUACACAAACUUCUCGUACAGUUCUGUACGACCUCUCAAAAGUGAAGUUGUGUAGCCUAUAUAGCCUGAAUUAUGGUUCUGCGUUAAAUCGACGCAGAGCCUACGCCGUAGGGUACGGCGAGGCCACGCCGUAGGCUCUGCGUUGGUGUAACGCGGAAGCAUAAAUCAGCCUUAUGGUGUUUAUUGUUUUAUAACUUCAAGGUUUAUUUUUUUUAGUAAUGAAAAAACGUACGAGCAGCAAGCAAACGCAAACUUUGGAUAUAUUGUGUAAGUUGAUAGAACAUAAUAAAACACGUUUAAGCUGUAGUAUACCGAGGCUCUUUGAUUCCAUAGAUUUGACUACAAAAGCAUGAUAAAGAAAAGAAAAACUCCAAAGUCAAGCCAAGCUGAAUUUUAUUAACUGCGAACGUUUCUUUUUCUUCUGGGUACAUUUGGAUCAGAGGACAUAUUUACUUGAUUUUAUUUAUCAAUUGUGGAAACUUGGAAAAGUGGUUUCCAUAUUAAAGCCCUAAUUCCUACUCGACAUACCUGAGAGAGCAUGAACAGCCAAUGCAUUUCAGAAGUACCCUGUUGGAUGUUUAUUAUCUAAAAAUUCCCCUUCAUGUUUCUCCUCACUCUAAAUGUUUUUGCGGCAAGACUUCUUUUUACACCAAGAGAAAACUAAGCUUGACCUAUACAAUUGUAGAUUAUUCUUCAGCUUUUACUUUAAAUGCUUGAGAUUAAGUUAUACAGAAGAAAGAGAAAAGAAAAGAUACUUCCAUUAUUACAUUUUUAUAAAGGAAACGCUCAAACGUGAUAUUUAGAAAGUUAUGUCAUAUUAAUCUACAUCAUUGAUUUUGAGGAAUUUAUUUUAUUAAAGACCCAGGAACCUCAUCAGCUCACCCAGACUGGGGUCUCUCAAGUCCACUACAUUUCUCCUUUAUUUUCGCUUCUCAUCAGAAACAGGCUACAGUGAAGCGACAGACAGAGCAGAGAAUCUUGAAUUUGUACAAAUUUAGUGAGAGAAAGCCGCUUGUCUUCAUGCCUGAGAAACUUGACAGCCCCCUGAAGUUUUAAGUGCAUUCAUUUUUUUAUAAUCACAUUUUUUAUGGUUGACUUUUAUUGAUCCUGAAACCCAAAUAAGACUUGCAAGAAUACAGUUACUUGAGUUUCAUGGACCUUUAUUUAGUAUUUGGAGACUGUGAUAGGGGUUUUUAUAUGUGAUGUUUAACGUUGUGUGUGGAAAAAACAAAACAAACAACAUUUUAACACCUCACCGCCACUGAAUACCUCAGAAGUGACUGCCGAUAGUAGGUUUAUGUUUUGUAUAAGAACUAAAAAGUACUGCGUAUCUGUACUUAUUUGUGUGCUGCAUGAGUCAGAGAGGGUCAAUAGAGCAUAGAGGCGUUGCACCAUUCAACCUGGGUGCACAUGUAAGACAGCACACAUUCAUCAUCUUUUACCGAAAAGACUACACCCUUAUCUGGAAGGAAUCAACAAAACCACUAUGCUUGCUAUGAAAAUAAAACACAGUUCUUCCUCAAGGUGAGAGUCUUGGUUGGUUAGUUCUUCACUGACUACAUUAAGAAGCCCGGUUGUGUUGUACACGUGCUAGUGCUUUGAUAGCAACAGAUGAGCAACAAUGCUAAGUUGUUUAAUGUACAUAAACAGUUGGUUAAAGGCCAGUGAGAAUUUGUGCAACAUGCUCAUGGGUAUCACAGUGACGCAAAAGAGUACAGGAAGUUUGUAAGUUUUAAAGCGAAAUUGUAAGUCUGGCAAA